CCGGCUCGUCCAUUGACCAAUUGAGCUUCCAAUUGAAGCUCAACUGGGGCCCUCAUGACCGCUCAUUGCAUUGCACAAACAUGUCCAUGUGCCGGCAAACCACUCCGAUUCUACGGCGCUGUUGCUGGCACAAGAGCACGGCAUGCAGUGUUUGGCACGAUCCACCCAGCAUUGAUGAGCAACUGGCGCAAGUCUAUGCCAACUGCUCCACUUUUUGCGUGGUCCGUGAUCCAAUCAUGCGCUUCAUGAGCGAGUACUUUUACAUGUCCAAGCACAAGCGUAUUCAAGGACAUUGGUGCGAUCCAGUGAAAUUUGAGGAGUAUGCAAAUGAGACCAUGCAACGUGCUUUGGAAGAUCCCUUCAUUGAUGAUUGCCACCUUGUGCCACAAGCGUUCUACUUGGUCUCUUUGGAUGGCCACCGCUUGUGUGAUCACAUCCUCCGCUACGAGCACUUACAGAGCGAGCUGCCUCAACUGCUGAAGUGGUAUCACAACCUGAACGAGUCAAAAACUCGACUUCAAAUGGUGAACCAAGCUGCACGACGGUGCAAUGUGCCCUUCUCGCCAGAGCUGCGGCAGCGCCUACGAGCCACUCAGUGUGAGAGGACGUCCACCACGCCUGGCCGUGCCACUCGGCAGUCCGACAUGGCAGUCGCAAAUGGCUCGUCGUGUUUGGGUCUUAGGCUGGUGAACUGUGUGCCCGACCGCCGCUGACCGGAGUAGCGAGCCGAAGCGAAUCCCGGGACCGGAACGGCGAGGGACUGGGGCGAGGAGGAGGGUAUUUCGCAAGAGCGACCAGGGCUCCAA